CUCCAACGUCAACCUGCAUUGUUGAUCCAAUGCGAUAGGUUUACAGAGCAAGUAGAUCACCGACUCGAGUUGCAGACUGGCCAUGUAGCUUUUGCCCCCAAAAUCUAGGGCUGAGUCGACAGUGCACAAAGAGCUGAACCAGUGCAGGUAAUUAAAGUAUCGGGACUUGUUGGCAUUUUAGCCAACACUUGGCGUGCCCGUUUGUUCUCGCGUAAAGAGACCACUUUUGACUCUGUGGGCGUUCUUGGAACGCUCAUCCUCUCGGAUAAAUCAAACAAUUCUUGGUGCCGCCUUUUUGUUUGGUUUGAUGGUUAUUCUGUGGGCGGGACUCUUACAAGCGGGAGGGGCAUCGGAGGGAGGGCAAGUGUGCGGAGGGGCGGAGUCCUUCAAAUGCGUCGAUUUGCCACGGAGAGAGCGAAAAGGCUGCUCUUUGGUUCGCUCCUCGCCUCGCGGUCUCCGCCUUCUGCUUUCCUCUGUUCUUCACCCCCCGCCGCCGCCGCCAUGGAUUCCGCUGCUGGUGUUGUCACUGUCGACACGAUCAACCCAAAGGUUUUAAAAUGUGAGUAUGCUGUUCGUGGUGAGAUUGUUAGCCAUGCGCAGCGCUUACAACAGGAGCUGCAAGACAAACCAGGGUCCCAUCCCUUCGAUGAGAUACUGUACUGCAAUAUUGGGAAUCCUCAGUCUCUUGGUCAGCAUCCUGUUACCUUUUUCCGUGAGGUUCUUGCGCUGUGUGACCAUCCAUCUCUUUUGGACAAAAGUGAAACUCACGCCUUGUUCAGUGCUGAUGCAAUAGCAAGAGCAUGGCAGAUUUUAGAUGUGAUUCCUGGUAGGGCUACAGGAGCAUAUAGCCAUAGUCAGGGUAUCAAAGGUUUACGAGAUGCAAUUGCUGCUGGAAUUGCUGAUCGGGAUGGUUUUCCUGCCAAUCCAGAUGAUAUUUUCCUAACAGAUGGAGCAAGUCCUGCGGUGCACAUGAUGAUGCAGUUGUUAAUAAGAUCUGAGAAAGAUGGCAUUUUGUGCCCCAUUCCUCAGUACCCUUUGUAUUCUGCUUCCAUUGCCCUUCAUGGUGGUUCUCUUGUUCCGUAUUACCUUGAUGAAUCAACAGGAUGGGGAUUGGAGAUUUCAGAGCUUAAGAAACAACUGGAAGAUGCUCGAUCCAAGGGGAUCACAGUGAGGGCAUUAGUCGUGAUAAAUCCAGGCAAUCCCACCGGACAGGUUCUUGCAGAGGAAAACCAAAGGGAGAUAGUCAACUUUUGCAAGAAUGAAGGGCUGGUCCUUCUGGCAGACGAGGUAUAUCAAGAAAAUAUAUAUGUCGAUGAUAAGAAAUUCAACUCUUUCAAGAAGAUCACAAGAUCCAUGGGAUAUAGCGAUGAUGAGAUCCCUUUGGUAUCAUUUCAAUCUGUUUCUAAAGGUUACUAUGGAGAAUGCGGAAAAAGGGGCGGGUACAUGGAGGUCACUGGCUUUAAUGCCGGAGUGAGAGAACAAAUCUACAAGGUGGCAUCCGUAAACCUUUGCUCCAACAUCUCCGGCCAAAUCCUUGCCAGUCUUGUUAUGAAUCCACCAAGGGUCGGAGACGAAUCAUAUGAAUCUUUCAAUGCGGAGAAAAAUGGGAUUCUUUCGUCUCUAGCUAGACGUGCCAAGGCAUUGGAAGAUGCAUUCAACAACUUAGAGGGCGUGAGCUGCAACAAAGCAGAGGGCGCAAUGUAUCUCUUUCCUCGCCUGCGCCUACCACAGAAGGCUUUCGCAGCUGCCAAAGCAGUUAAUGCAGCACCAGAUGCAUUCUACGCUCGACGUCUUCUCGACGCCACCGGCAUCGUCGUCGUUCCUGGAUCCGGCUUUGGGCAGGUCCCCGGAACAUGGCACGUCAGAUGCACGAUCCUGCCGCAGGAGGACAAAAUCCCCGCCAUCAUAUCCCGGCUCAAGGCGUUCCAUGAAGCUUUCAUGGAAGAGUUCCGUGACUGAAGCCCACACUAGGCUAAAGGUUAACAUCGCUAGAACUAAGGACUAAGUAAGAGUAUCCCAUUCCAUGGCUUUCUUGUGCUGCAACAAGGCAGAAUAACUAGACAUCCUUCUUGUUCUUGGAAUGUUUGUGCUUUUCGGUCUCAUAAACUAAAUAAUAUGAAAUGUUACGGAA